UACCUUUUUUGUGCUUUUGUGAAUUGUCUUUUUAAAUUAUUUUCUAAUAUAUUGUUUCCGCCACCUUUUUGCUCACAUUCAUCACUUUUUUUCCGAGCACUGCUUGCGGGACAACGCUGAACAUAAAUGCAUUUCGAAAGUGAGUCCCGCUUAACACAGUGCAUAACUCAUUUCAAUCAUAGCAACAGAUAUGCCCUCUCGAUAUUAUUUCCUUGCCUUUUCCGUUUUGAAUUGUUCGUUAGUCCUUUCUCAAGCGGAGAAAACUCGAUUAACCACGAGACGAGGAGAUGUGACCUAUCAUACAAAUUUUAAGGUGGAUUACCAUAUAACAGAAUGCAGAUCCUCUAUUGAGUGUAGUGGAUUAGCUGUUGGAAAUGGAGUUGGUGGUUUUGUGUGGAACAGCUUAAACCAAACUUGUGACUUGACCACAUCCUCAAUUCUUUCGUUGGACUUAAAAGCUGACGGACCCCAAAUACAAGUGAUAGGAUCUAUUUACAACGAUUUCCAUGCUUUUGGUUCCUCUUUAGUUUACGCUUACAUCAGUGAUGAUCCAGAUAAUGGAAAUCCAAUCAAGUUCUUGAAUCUGCAAUCUGGUUCUCCUUAUGAAGCAUGCCAUUACGAGAUCGAUAUUGGUUCGAAAGAAUUGGGAAUACACAAGAAGUUCAGAAGCGGCAGUUUAGUUCUUUUGAAUAAUGCCUUACACUUUUGUAUCCCAACAUGGAUAAACAAAGAGGAUGAACUGACCAGAGUUAAUUCUUAUGGGGAUUGCUACUACCUGAAGCCCGGUCAAGACUCCUGGAUUGCAACAAGCAUCUACCCUGCUCAUUCUCAUAGUGAUGCAAUGCCUUUUGUAGUGAAUCAAUCCACACUUUGGUUGACGGGCGGAUGUGACAGCAGUUAUUUCAAUCUUUCCUCACCCACGGAAUUUUGUACCCUGUCACUGGACACCAAAUUUUAUCAUUUUGACGGGUUUAGCACCGAAGUAGUGGAUGGACCCAAUCUUCCUUUUGGGAUGUCCGAUGUCCAGAUUGCUUGGCUUAAUGACACUCGGGUCAUUAUUUGGGGUUACAAUAAGAACGAAUUUUUCCUUACGAGUGACUGGCCGCCUAAAACGGGCUCUUUUCAAACGUACCCACUCCCAGAGGGACUAAGAAUGCGGCGUUUAAAACGCAUCUCCAUGACAUCUGUCGUUCUGAAUGGAAAGGAGCAGAUCUUGAUGAAUUACUUUGCGGAUGACCUUCAUGUUCUUGAUCCUAAAACCAUGACUUGGGCCAAACUUGUCGGGCCCCAAUAUAAGAAGACACCGCCCUGUGCUCUCGAUGACAUUUUAUAUGCAAAGAAUGGUGUGCUGCUGAACAAAGGACGACUGGGAUCGAUGUGUUUGUAUGAUGGAUUAAGAUGGCAUGACUUUGAUGCCAGAAGCCCUAAUCAGAUAACACAUGCGGGGAUCGUUAUUUCUAAAGACUUGUUUUGCGGAUAGCCAAUAAUCUUUGAUUCCAGAAAGUGUCUCACGUUUCAAUAUUACGUUUCAAUAUCAUCAAUGAAAGAUUGAACUUUCUUUCCUUGACGCAAAACAAAAUUUGAAUGGCAUGGCGAGUCAAAAGUUACGCAAGUCCAGUUUUAUCGCUUGUUAAGCUCAAAAUAAACUUGGGCAACUCAA